AUGAGCGGGGAUUCACGUCAAAGGUUAUACAACCAAAGUAUUCACAACGCAUAUAAUGCGUUGUUGAGCCAAAAACGAUCAAGUGGUUCAGGUGAUUUUCACCAUCGGUCUUCCGCGGUUGUGAGCAAUAAUAAUAGCGAACAUGAAGUUGGUGAUAUGAGCGAGUUUAGUGAUGGUGACCAACUGAAGGACGAAGCUAUGAUUCAGGAAGAUGACUCUGACGAGAGGCUUGGGGAUGGGGAGGAUGAGGAGUACUCUAGGUUUAAGAAAUCUCUGGUAAAUGGUCACAACGAUGAUGAUUACAGAUGGUUGGAUGACGAUGAAGAUACAGAUUACACGGAUGAAGCAGACCAAAGUUUUAUCCAGGAUGACGAGGGCGACACGUAUAUAUAUGAGGAGAGUCACUAUGAAGGAGAGCGUAUUGGAAGGGAGCGGUGGCUCAAGUGGUUGUUGGGUGGGCUGUUAUGCGGGCUAUUGGUGUGGUAUAUGUACGGUGGGGUCUCACCAGGGGCUAAUCCAGACUUGUAUAAACGGGUCAAUCAGUUGCAAACUCAGUUAAAUCACUUGAGCCAUGACACAGAGGCACAACGAAAAACAUUUAAAUCUGAUUUAGACUCUAAUAUCAAAAUGAUUAUUCAGCAAUUUGAGAAAAAUAUAAAGCGUAUCUUGCCUAGAGAUGUGAGCAAGCUUGAAUCAAAUAUUGCACACCUGGAGGCAGAGAUGCAGCAAAUCAACCAGAUGUUGUUAAUGGAAAACGUGACCCAGUGGCAACGGGACCUGGUAACGAAGCUGAACGAGAAGUUACCCGAUAAGAUUCCCAUAGUGAUGGAGAAUGAUACAAAUAUGCUGCUGAUUCCUGAACUACAUGAGUACCUUUCAAUUUUAAUAAGUCAGAUUGUGCAACAGAGCGUUACAUCUUUACCGCAGUUCAAGUUCAAUAUGAACCAUUAUAUUAAAGAGGUACUGAACAACAAUUUUCAGUUUGUUGAUAAACAGUAUUUUCUGAAUCAUUUGCAGGAAAGUCUGCUUUCGACUAGGGAUGAGAUCAAACAAGAGUUGGAAUCACGACUAUCGCAUCUGACGUCCCCAGAGUUAGUUCCUCAGCAAGUUUCGUCGGUACUGCUUAAGAAGCUAGUGCACAAGAUAUAUAACUCAAAUCUGCAUCAGUGGGAGUCUGAUCUCAAUAUUGCUACGUUUGCUCAAGGAACUAAGCUUCUCAAUCACCUGUGUUCAAAAACCAUCCAUGGGCCUGUAGGCCCCAUGGAUUUACUACAAGAUUGCAAUAGCUGCACUUCAACUUAUUGGAAGUGCAAUUCAGAGGGCUGCAGUUGGGCUAUUAGGCUAGAAGAGCCUAUGUACUUGACUAAAAUUGGGUACCUCCAUGGAAAGUUUAGCCAUAAUCUACAGAUAAUGACUGCAGCACCCAAAAAAAUCAGCGUAUUUGUAAAGUUAUAUGAAGGCGCGCGUGGAAUACCCUCCAACGUACAACGGUGGUCGAAGAAUAACCAUUUCGUCUCCUUAGGCCAUUGGGAAUAUGACAUAUUCGAUAACAAGAUUCGCCAAGACUUUGAACUGCCAUUAUGGUUUAUUCAGGGAAAAUUUCUGAUUCGAUCAAUCGGAUUUGAGAUCAAUUCUAACCAUGGUAAUCCUGAAUAUACGGCUCUCAGAAAAUUUGUAGUAAAUGCCGUCACACCAAAAGAUCUCAAACUAAUGGAUCAAUUCCCUGCUGAUUGGAAAAUCCAAGUCCCUGACUACUCUGUCAUGAUAGAUGACCAAGAACGCAUUAGAGCUUCUCGCAUAGCACAACUACACAACUCAAACGAAGUACCGUCAUUCGGCGAUGACGAAGUUGAUACCUAA